AUGGGUGCCGGUAUCAUAUUAGUGCCGGUGAAUGAAGGGCAAGCUUCAGCUGCACUCGGACAGUCCGGCGCCAAUGACGUGCAGUCCGUCGUCGCGCUGCUCGAGAUGGCACAUGUAAAAUGGGACGAGUAUAAUCUUGGCGAUGGGGUUGUUCAGUCGCUGCACAACUAA